GCCGUUUAGUUAAAAACCUUGGGGCUGUAUUUGUAAUUUACGAUAAAGAUAAGGGGGGAAAUCAUAUGUAUGAAAAGUGGGGUGACCUAAAUGUAAUUAUUAAACAUCUCUACUUCCCUUCAGCGCAGCGCCUUCGUCAGCACUCCAAAACCUCCCUAAAACCCCUCAAUCUGAUCACCCCCUCCGCAAGAAAGAAGAGGCACACAUGCAUCUAUAACUAUAUGAUUUGGAUAUAAUUCGCAAGUCUAUACAUUUUUUCUCCACAUUUUUUCAUCAUUUUCUCGCUGCUUUCCUUACCAGCUGCAGCUUGGCAUUGGGUUGGUAAAGUCUGACUUUGGUUUUAUUGGUGAAGAGAGGAAAUAAUGGCCUCUGGGGUGAUUUUGAGAAGGAGAAAGACUCUUUCAGAUUACUUGAGUCUCUCUCGCCUUUCUAUUCAAACUUUCCAUACAUCUGGUUAUGGUCAAUCUUGUUCUCCUGGCUACACCUCCAUCACAGACCACAAUCUUCAAAACAUAGGUCAAUUGAGAGAAAAUGAAAAUACUUCAGCUUUGUGCAAGAAGCCAUUGAAUCCUGUAGCCUUAGGGAUCUUUAGGCAUAAAGCUUAUGAAAUCACAGCACCAAGAUAUGGGAAUGGAAGGUCGGAUUUCAACUGCCUGCUGGGUGCUAGGAUGAUAUCACAAUCCAGGUGUUAUGCUUCAACAGCAACUGCAAGGAAGCCUGACCCAGGAAGUGAUGAUAAGGAUACUGAAGAAAUUACUGCAAAAAGGAAAAAGGAAGCUUCCCCUGAAGAGUGUGAUCAGGCUGUUGCGGGCCUAAGUACUGCAAAAGCCAAAGCAAAAGCUAAAAAACUGCAAGAAUCUCAGAUUAAUGUUAAGCUGGUCUUAAAGAAACUUUGGGCCACAUUUCUAGGUAUUGGUCCAGCUCUGAGGGCUGUGGCUUCCAUGAGCAGGGAAGACUGGGCCAAAAAACUUGUACACUGGAAAACUGAGUUUGUAUCAACACUAAAACAUUACUGGCUAGGUUGUAAGCUUCUAGGGGCUGAUGUGAGGAUCAGUUCGAGAUUAUUGAUGAAAUUGGCUGGUGGAAGAAGUCUCUCCAGAAGGGAGAGGCAACAGCUUACAAGAACUACCGCUGAUGUUUUUAGGCUAGUCCCGGUUGCUGUCUUCAUUAUCGUUCCUUUCAUGGAAUUUUUGUUGCCUGUUUUCCUUAAGCUCUUCCCAAACAUGCUACCAUCAACCUUCCAGGAUAAGAUGAAAGAAAAGGAAGCACUAAAAAGGAGGUUGAAAGCCAAAAUAGAAUAUGCAAAGUUUCUCCAAGAGACUGUCAAAGAAAUGGCAAAAGAAGUCCAAACUUCAAGGAGUGGGGAAAUUAAGAGAACGGCUGAAGAUCUUGAUGGGUUUCUGAACAGGAUUAGAACUGGUGCUCGUGUCUCAAAUGAUGAAAUUCUAGGAUUUGCUAAGUUGUUCAAUGAUGAGCUCACUUUAGAUAAUAUCAGCAGGCCUCGUCUAGUUAACAUGUGCAAAUAUAUGGGAGUAAGCCCAAUUGGGACCGAUGCUUAUUUGCGUUAUAUGCUCCGCAAGAGAUUGCAGAGCAUAAAAAAAGAUGACAGAAUGAUCCAAGCAGAGGGGGUAGAAUCUCUAACAGAGGCAGAGCUUCGUGAAGAUUGUAGAGAGAGGGGUAUGCUUGGGGAAUUUUCAGUGGAGGAAAUGCGUCAACAGUUGCGAGAUUGGCUAGAUUUGUCUCUGAAUCACUCUGUUCCAUCCUCACUUUUGAUUCUUUCCAGAGCCUUCACUGUGACAGGAAAGAUGAGGCCAGAGGAAGCAGUUCAAGCUACUCUGUCCUCGCUUCCAGAUGAGGUUGUGGAUACUGUGGGUGUUACAUCAUUGCCAUCUGAAGAUUCUCUUGCGGACAGGAGGAGGAAGCUGGACUUCCUUGAAAUGCAGGAGGAACUUAUCAAGGUGGAGGAAGAGAAACAGGAAGAAGAACUAGCCAGGAAAAAUGAAUCUUCUGAUGCUGAAGUUGAUGUGGCUUUGAAAGAGAUGACCAAUCCGACUGCAAGAGAAGCACAAGAACAAGCUAGAGCUAGAGCUCUGGAUAAACAAGAACAGCUUUGUCAACUUAGUCGUGCAUUAGCUGUUUUGGCUUCUGCAUCUUCAGUGAGCAGGGAGCGUGAAGAGUUCCUGAGGCUGGUCAAUAGUGAGAUUGAGCUAUACAAUAGCAUGGUGGAUAGAGAUGGAACUGAUGGUGAAGAACAGGCAAUGAAGGCAUAUAAAGCUGCUCGAGAUGAAAGCAAGGAUGAUGCUGAAGUUCCUGAGCAGAAUAAGGUUUCAUCUGCUCUUGUAGAUAAGGUUGAGGAUAUGCUUCAAAAACUUGAGAAAGAAAUUGAUGACGUUGAUGCAAAAAUUGGUGACCAAUGGCGAAUUCUUGACAGAGAUUAUGAUGGAAAAGUGACUCCUGAGGAAGUUGCAGCAGCUGCUACAUAUUUAAAGGACACAUUAGGCAGAGAGGGGGUGCAAGAAUUAAUCAGCAGUCUUUCUAAAGAUGCAGGUUAGUUGUCUCAGGCUCAGUGCUCACAUAAACUUCGCAAUCUACUGGCCUUCCUGAAUACCUCUUUCAGAAUUCUGGUUGGUUUUCUUUGGGUCUCUCGUUUCUCAUUUACUCAUUAAUGUUCUGUUCUUCAGAUGGGAAAGAUACUGGUUGAAGAUAUAGUGAGAUUGGGCAGUCGUGUAGAAGGUGGCAGCUUCAGCUGAUUCCGAGGAAAUGUAGAGAGAAUUUUGCAGUGUAAAAAUAAUCUUUACUAAUUGAAAUCAUGUAUAAAAGUCAUGCUCUACUACAAAAAUUACUACACCGAGAAAUCUUAUGAAAUUUCUCUCUCUCUAUAGAAGGAAAUCACUUAUUUUACUAA